UAAAAGGCGGAAUUUUGGUGUUCUUCUUUGAUUGCAGGGCGCUGAUUAUCAUUUUAAUUUGAAAUUUUACGCUAAAAUUGCCUUUAUUAUGCCUUACUAAGUAUAUUUUUAAGUUAUUUACAGUGCAAGUGAUUUAGUGAGACGUGCUUCUUGUUAUCUGAAGUGAAAAUCAUGGAUCUUGAGGAGCAACGUUUGAUCCGGCGGAAGAAGAAAUCUUCCGAGGCGGGGAACUUGUUGCAACUAGCCGAAGCGUGCCGGAAGCUGGGAGAACUGUACCACGAAAGGGGUGAACAUCGAAAGGCACUCAAUGAAUUCAAGCUGGUGGCCAAAGCGUAUCACAAUUUGAAAAUGCCUAUGGAGGUAGGCCGGGCCAAUCGACUGAUCGGGGAGAUGUUCAUGCUGUUGGAUGAGUACGAGAAAGCACUUCAGUACGAAAAGGUUUAUUUGGACAUAGCUAAACGGGAGGAGGAUUUAGUUGAGCUACAACGGGCUUAUGUAACGAUCGGAAGGACCUACCUGUUGAAAGGACAAAGCUGUGAAGGUCCGGAACAAGCUAAAGAGCCUCUAGCAGAAGCUGAAAAAGCUUUUCUCAAGGGCCUCAAACUUUGUCAUGAGGUUAAAGGAGUUGGAAAAAUCGAGCAAUUAGAUAUGGAAGCUCGCGCAUUGCUGAACUUGGGCGUUACAAAAGAGCAUCAAGAGAUUCUUGACGAUGCUAUUGAAUAUAUGGCGAAAGCUACCAAAAUUGCAAUGAACAAUGACCUAUCUGAACUUUUGCAUCAAUGCUACAUAUCUACAGCACUGCUGUUCAAUUUGAAGCAAAAGAAUCAUUCAAAAGCUCUAAAAACGUUGAAUGAAGCCCUAGAAGUUGCUUCUCGUUUACAUAACAAGUCCACUAAAAUGUGUGAAACUUUGCUAAUUAAAGCAGAUGUCUUCAUAAAGAUGGGAGAUUUCCAAAGUGCAAAAACAGCUCUGAAAAAGGCAUUCAAACUUAAGACCCCUGUCAUUUCCGAUGCCGAAAAUGUAGAAAAACAACUCAGAGUGCUGGUUGCAAUUUGUAAAAUAGAGGACAAACUUAUAACGAUUGAUAGUAAUCAAUUCGCUCAAAAAAAGGUGCUUUAUGAGCAAAUGGGCGAUGGAGCCUGUAAACUGGAAAACUAUUCGAAAGCUAUCGAUUACUACAUGAAAAUGUUGGACUGUGCCCAACAAAAUGGAGAGACAGAUCGCGAGUUAAUUCCGAUAUAUGUAAGUUUGUAUCAAACAUACAAGGAUAACAAACAAUAUGACGAAGCACUGGAAUAUCUUUGGAAGGAGUACAAUCUUAUUCAAAAUGUACCCAAGGAAGCUUAUAACACGUUGCUUAGCAUAGCCGAGGUUUACGAAAACCAGAAUAAGUCAUGUUUUGAUGUUGAAGAUAUAUAUCGAAGAGUACGGCAGGAAGCAAAAAAGCUUAAAUCUCUAAAAAUGGAACGUGUCCCGAUAAAACGGUGCAUAGGUCUGCUGAAAAAACACGGAAUGGAUCUGAUGGCCGAGAAUCUGGAAAAAGAAGCCAAACAGGCUGGAAUCGAUUUGGCACUGGAAGAUGACAGCAGCGAUGGCGAUUCCUCGGAGGUAGAGACUUUUGGCGAAGAAACGGAAACCUCGAUUGAGUUUGCCAUCAACGCCCGGGAGAUCGGUGAGGAUGUUAACCUGUCGGAGCUGUCCGAUUCCGACGGGGAUACGCCGAGAGCGGGUGAUAAAUCGUUGGAAGUUCGAAGCACCCGCAAGCGAGGUACCACUUUUCAGGUUAAAAGAAACAACAAGGGUGAAACGCAGCUCCAUCAAGCCUGCAUCAAUGGCAACGCCAUGCUGGUACAAAAGCUGCUGGAGCAGGGCCACCCGGUCAACAUUCGGGACCAUGCCGGUUGGCUGCCGUUGCAUGAGGCUUGCAUUCAUGGUCACAAGGAAAUCGUCGAGAUGCUGUUGGAUCGGGGAGCUCACAUCAACGAUAAGGGUGGUACUAGCUGCGACGGUAUUACGCCACUGUACGAUGCCUGCUCCAACGGAAAUCUGGAGGUGGUUGAGCUGCUGUUGGAUCGCGGUGCCAAUUGUACCCUGCGGACAGAUUCCGGCGACACGACUGUCAACGUGCUGGAAGGUUGGUUCAAGAGUGUACAGAAGAAAUUGUUGGACGAGCAUAUCGUUUUCUACAAUACUAUCAAGGGACGGAUUAUGGAAUGCUUUGAAAAGACAGGGACCAAUCAUGCGGAUCCGACAGCCAGCGUUCCGGAUGCGAUUCAAGUGACUUCUGGAGAAACAAGAGCAAGUCGUAGACGGAAUAGAUAUUUGGGGAAAAAUGACUCGGAUUCCGACAAGGAGGAUGCUAAGACGGUACGCACCACUGGAAGUAAUCAAAGCUCGGGAUACGGUAGUGCAAAGAGGUUGGCCACUAGUUCGUCUAAAAAGAGGCCAGCAAGUGUUCGGUCUGAUUCGUCUUCAAUUUCGUCGGACUCUGAUGGAGAACGUCCUACGCAGCAUUCCUUUCGUGAGCAAACGUCCUCAUUGCGUAAAUCGUCGGGAGUAGAUGAUUAUCGUAACGCCAUCCAACUGCUUCGGAAGGGUAACACCGUACGGGCUCAAAUCGUUUCCCCCUUAAAGGAUCCCAAUCCAGGUCCUGCAAAACGUACGGCACAUAUGCGCCGUGAAGAAGUUGGUGAUGAUUGGCUGAUAGAUGAUCUGGCACCGAAUAAGAAGAAGCAAAAGUUUCUCUCUGAUAACGACUACUUGGAGCCGAAUCGAGCCAAAAGGAUAUUAGGCAAAAGUUUGGAAACGGAUCAAGAAAGAGAAAACACUCCACCCAUUUCUGACCAAACUAUCACAUCUACUGGUCGUGAUUGCGAUUCGUUAAGCCUGUCUAAAUUAGAAGACCGCCGAGGCUUGCGUGGAGAAUCUUCCGAUGAAAGCGGUCCUGAUGCGCAUGAUGUUCUGAUGGGAGCUUCGAGAAAAAGCUUUCACCGCAAACAGCUUUCCGGACAAUCCAGAUCCAGAAGACCAUCCUCAAAUGGAAGCCUAAGGAAUCAGGCCUCUCUGUUAGAUGCAGGAUUCAGUGUAUCCUCACGGCCGAGUAGUCCUUGCAUCGAACUACUCUCACCAGCCAAAAGUACCCACAGUACGCAAAGGACUCCAAUUAAAAGUGGAGCUAUUUCUACAGCUACAGCUACAGCUGUGAGGCGAAAUCUCACUCCCGUUAAAAUGCUUCCGCCAAACAUGGUUCGAGUGAUGGUUGAAGGCAAACCGAUUGACGUAACGUAUGACGAUGAUCGGGUUAUGGAACUGAAUGUUGGUUGGCUGAUCAACGAAGUUGUUCGACGAUAUGGAAUAAAAUACGGCAAACAUCCGCUGAUGAAAUUGCUGAGACAGGAUUCAGGAAUUUGUGUGGAAACAGAUCCACUAACAACUCUUCUAGGAGGUAGCGAUACAAUAAUCAAUGCCUAUGUUAUUGAAAUGAAGGAUCUUAGAUCCGAUCAGUUUUACGAAGAUUACUGCAAACAUCGUGAUGUUGAACAAUUGAGUGGACUGUUAUCUGCCCUCAGUACAAUGGAAAAAGCUGGUCAUUUGACGAUUCCAAAAGACUUUUUCCACGGAAAAAACUUACAAUGGGAUAUACUAUUCCAAGCCCUUGGCUGCCAAGGUCGUGUUCGAGAUCUUGAUCUGUCCUGCAACCAACUGUCGGAUCAAUACUUUCAAAUGCUGGUGGAAUCGUUACCAGCCCUUAAACAGCUGGAAAAGGUAAAUCUCAGUAUGAAUUUGAUUAGCUCGAAAGGUGUCGCCAGCCUUUCGGCUUUGAUUAUACCGAACCCUGACAACGGCACACUGUAUUCCGUUUCUGCGCUCAAUCAACUAACUGAGCUGGAUCUCAGUCAUAAUCCGUUAAUGGAUCAAAGUUUACUGGUGCUUUCUAACCUUUGCCAGCAUCUGAAACAGCUAAAAGUGCUACGUUUGGCUUCCACCGGUAUAACAAACAUAACAUUUGCCACCCCUCCCCUUGAAAUCGGGCAGCUGCAAAUCUUUGACGUUUCCGAUAAUAGUUUGAACAAAAAAUCAGUCGAUUACAUGCUUCAAAAGCUCAACACCCGCAUAUUGACCGAAUUUAACUUACGAUCUCUUGGAAAACUGAGAGACUUCAAGUCGGCUCUCACAAUAACCAUACAAACCAAUGACUUCGACAUGUUACGUCUGUUCAAUCUAAGCAAUUGCGGCCUUACCGACGAAGAUCUCACCGUUAUUCUAAACUCGUUAAAAACCACUGCCGAACAAUUAAAACAUCUAGAUGCAUCACACAAUCCUAAACUUACCCAUAAGAGUCUGUUGGAAGUUUUAAAAACUUUAACUGACCAUUCCCUGGAAUCGGUUCGCUUCCUGCAAAAUCCACUGAUCUUGAAAAACCUUCCAACGACGAAUCUGUUGGAAGCGAUCGGCUUCGACCGGGACAAAUGUUACCCGUACCGGAUUGAGCUGAUGCUUCCGCUUAAAACCAGUGACGAGGCACGGGCUGUGUUGUGCGAACUUUUGGACACCUUUUGGAAACGACUAUGGACGGACCGGGCUCAGAUAGAAUCUGACCGAUGGAAGGUGCGACUGAUGAUGCGACGCUAGUGGUAUGGACAAUGAUGAAUAACAUUCUAUCUUUAUUAAACAAGAAUAAUUUUCUUUUUGUCAAAUGCAGAUAA